UCCAGUGUAGCACGGUCAGAUCUGCGCCAUUGUAGAAAAAAACUCCUCGGCAAUGGACCUUUCAACUACUGCCUAUCGGUGUAAUGGCAGUUUCUGUGAAAUGAUAUUAUUGUGAUACUUGCUGUCCCGGAUCCACCCAUUCCCCUCAUCUAUGUCCAGUGUCGCACGGUCAGAUCUGCGCAAUUGUAGAAAAAAACUCCUCGGCAAUGGACCUUUCAACUACUGCCUAUCGGUGUAAUGGCAGCUUAAUGGAGAACUAUUCAUGUAAAAGCCAUGGAGGGGUUAACCAAUUAGGCGGUAUGUUCGUGAAUGGACGCCCUCUACCGGACAUUGUGAGACAAAGGAUUGUCGAAAUGGCCCAACAGGGUGUCCGACCUUGUGAUAUUAGCCGACAGUUAAGAGUGUCGCAUGGUUGUGUUUCUAAGAUCCUGGGAAGGUUUUAUGAAACCGGAUCCAUUAAACCUGGCGUCAUCGGAGGUAGUAAACCGAAAGUGGCGACUACCUACGUGGUAGAAGCUAUUACUAACUAUAAGAUGAAAAAUCCUACUAUGUUUGCCUGGGAGAUCCGAGACAGGCUCCUGACUGAUAAGAUCUGUAACCAAGACAAUAUCCCUAGCGUGAGCUCUAUCAACAGGAUUGUGCGUAACAAAGUUACGGAAAAAAUAAUAAGCUCAUCCAGCCAGAGUCCGUCCAACGCAUCUUCGGUAAUCACCCAGUCCGCCACUGUUUCACCGGAACAGACACCGUCCUACUCCAUUAAUGGCAUUCUGGGUAUAGCAAGUCCAGAUUCCAGCGGGAAUCUUGGCAAAAGAAAACGUGGCGAAAUUCCAGUAGAUGACAUUGAUCACACGAUUCAAGAAGAAGAUUACAAACGACAACGAACCCAGUACUGUGGAAAUCAAUUCUACACCAGUGUAUCCAGAAGUGUGUUACAGGAGACUCCUGCUCUAUUUCACCAAAUGGAACCAAAGUUUGGGAAACAGGCUGGUAUAAAAAACAUUGUGCCAGACUUGUCUACAGGCAUCCCCAACAGUUCUCCUUAUUCGCUGCAACAGUUCUCAUCUUCUCCUGUGAUUUCAGAAAGUGAUCACGCUAAGCCUGAAGGCCUUUAUCCGUAUGAAGGCGUGUUGAAUUCUCUAAGUUACCACCAGUCAACAGCGGUUUAUUCCCCAUCGCUAGGAAGCGGCUCCUUGACCCCCCUGACUCCGAUCGGUAUGCAGGAGGUGAAGUCCAUGUCAGGUAGUCAUGGUUACACCUUAGAUAACGGUGUUUCCCCUUUAUCUCGUCAACAAGCAUGCCACGUAACGAUGGCGUGUUGUGAUGCCAUACCCUCGCAUGUUCUCCCAUUAGGCGGAAGCAAUGUAGAAAAUAGUCCAUCUCCAGUAAAAGCGGACACUCCUACUUCUUCGUCUUUCACCGUGCUUCAACCUCUUCAAAAUUCAACAUUUAGUCCAUCUCAUGUAAAAGCGGACACUCCUACUUCUUCGUCUUUCACCGUGCUUCAACCUCUUCAAAAUUCAGCAUUUAAUACGAACAGUCCAUACGAUUUCUUUGACUGUUAUGGACAAUACCCAGUAGUGGCAGGAGCUGUCGGACCUACAGGUGUCGCUGCUGUUCCCGCUACUGACUACUCUUACACCCAGUUCAGUUCAGCUGCUUCGUACGGUGUUUAUGGCUACAGUAGUAACAGCAUUAUAAAUCCGUCCUACUAUUAUACUCAUGGAACUCGAGCUUCACCUGUAAACGCAUUAGGACAUGGUGGGCUACCAAUCAGCCCCAACAGUUUCAAAGCCGAGAGAUGCUAGCUCUUCUGAAGUCGAUUUUCUAUUGGAUAAACUGGCUGAAGCAGAUUAUUUCCUAUUGGAUAACCUGGCUGAAACAGGUUUCCUAUUGGUUCAAUGAGCUGAAACAGAUUUUCUGUUAGAUAUCAGGCUGAAACAAAUUUUGUAUUGGAUAAAUCGACUGAAACAGAUUUUCUGUUGGAUAAAUCGAUUGAAACAGAUUUUCUAUUGUAUAAACUGGCUGGAACAGAAUUUCUAUUGGAUAAAUCGGCUGAGGUAAGUCGUAACUGCUCAAUUCUCCGCAAGAGAUGAGGAAAUGUUCAAUAGCGCCAUCUACCUCUAAAGGCUAAGUGAUCUUUUAAUAAAGAUACUAAUGAUAAAGAGAAGGAGAAGAAACUAACUUUGAAGAUUGAUUGUAACAUCGACAAAGUUCCUGCUAUACAUUUUCUUCAAAAGAAAAGUUCGAGCUGUAAAAUGAGCUUGGUAAAAAAAAAUACAAAAACUAGUUGAAAAGACAUUUCUCUUUGUUUGAACUAGAGUAUAUAUUGUUUGUUAUGUCAUGUUUUUAGACAAAUCAUUUCCUACACCUAUCAUAACCUCCUUUCCUGAACACUGUAAUCAAUUUGUUUAUGUGAUGAAAGACAUUAUUGUUAUUUUUCUAGGAAAACGCCAAGAGGUGUAGUUUAAUUACAGAGAUUAGUGUACACAGUACAACAUGAAUAUCAAAAGUAAGAUUUCGUAUACGAAGGGCUGGGCCACUGUAUUUAAGGUGUGGGAUCAGAAUUCUUUUAGAACGAUACGGUAAUGUUUAUCUUCUCGACGUUUCGCUUUAGAAGGGAACAGAAACAAGAUGUCAUAGUCACAUUACUUAUAGUCAUAUUUGUAUUUUUGUUGUGUAUAAAUUAAUGAUUUCCUAAAGUAUUGCUCAGUGAGGCUCAUUGUCAAGGUUUUAUAGGUUCACGAUCCUUUUUAUUAAAACAGUUUCAAGUCGCGAUCCUUUCUGUUAAAACCGUUUCUAUUCACGAUCCUUUCUAUUAAAGUAGUUUUUAUUAACGAUCCUUUUUAUUAAAACAGUUUCAAGUCGCGAUCCUUUCUGUUAAAACCGUUUCUAUUCACGAUCCUUUCUAUUAAAGUAGUUUUUAUUAACGAUCCUUUUUAUUAAAACAGUUUCAGUUCACGAUCCUUUCUGUUAAAACCGUUUCUAUUCACGAUCCUUUCUAUUAAAGUAGUUUUUAUUAACGAUCCUUUUUAUUAAAACAGUUUCAAGUCGCGAUCCUUUCUAUUAAAGCAGUUUCAAUUCACGAUCCAUGAAACAUGAACUAAUGUACACUUCCUUAUGUGUUUAAUUUUUCCCUGAAUCUCAUCAUAACACAAUUCAACAUCAGUUUUUACCAGCGUAAACAAACUUAAAGUAUUUUGAAGAUACUUAAAUGUGAAAAAGAACCUGUAAUAGUCGCAUUUGCUGAGCUAGCCUAGCCGUACCGGCUGUUUUAAUAUUAAUUAAGCACUUUAAAGAACCUGUAAGAGUCACACUUACUGGACUGGCCUAGCUGUACCGGCUGUUUUAGUAUUAGUUAAGCUCUUUAAUAACCUACAAGAGUCACACUUACUGGACUAGCCUAGCUGUACCGGUUGUUUUAGUAUUAAUUAAGCAAUUUAAAGAACCUGUAAGAGUCACACUUACUGGACUAGCCUAGCUGUACCGGCUGUUUUAGUAUUAGUUAAGCACUUUAAAGAACCUACAAGAGUCACACUUACUGGACUAGCCUAGCUGUACCGGCUGUUUUAGUAUUCAUUAAGCAUUUUGUUGUUGCAAUGGCAGAGUUGUUCUCGGACUUUCUAGGAUGGUAAAAUAUGGUUCUUGUUUUUUUAUCUAUCAUGAUGGGUUUGAUUUAUAGUGGGGGGGGGGGGUAAGGGGGUUGGUGAAUUAUGUUUCAGUUACUUUACAGUGAUCAGUGGUUACGACGCCAUAAUGCUGUAGUGAACGUUGUAUACUUAACAAUCGCGAUAUCCUGUUCAAAACAAUAACUAUUUAGUCCUCGUAUUUCACGAUUAUAAACUAAUUUGUAGAAAAUUUGUUAUACAGUAAAGUGUUAGGCCUCGUACUUCAGAAUCUUAAACUAAUGUGUAUAUAAUUCAAGACACAGUGAAGAGUUAGGCCUCGUACUUCAGGAUCUCAAACUAAUUUGUAGAAAAUUCAAGAUACAGUAAAGUGUUAGGCCUAGUACUUCAGGAUCUUAAACUAAUUUGUAUAUAAUUCAAGAUACAGUGAAGAGUUAGGCCUCGUACUUCAAGAUCUCAAACCAAUUUGUAGAAAAUUCAAGAUACAGUAAAAUGUUAGGCCUCGUACUUCUGGAGCUUAAAAUUCGUGUCUAGAAAAUUUGUUAUACAGUGAAGAGUUAGGCCUCGUACUUCAGAUCUUAAAAUUCGUGUGUAGAAAAUUCAAAAUACAGUAAAGUGUUAGGCCUCGUACUUCGGAUCUUAAAAUUCGUGUUUAGAAAAUUAAUGAUGUAGAAAAUAAGAAUAAGCAGGUUUAUAUCAUUGCUAUUAAUACUGAGGUGAUACUCUGAAAUUGUAGGUUUAAUACUGCACAUAAUUUAAAGAUUUUUAUAUAUAUAUAUAUGACGAAUAUUGUGUGAUUAUUUUUUCUUACGAAAUAAGAUGAUAGUUCAAAAUAUACUGUUCCUUCUUGUUCUACUUAAUUUAUUAGAAUCACAUGUUCUGUUUGGUUCGACUUUUUGCACGAAGAGAUUAACUGCUCUCAAUCAUUCAAUGACUUUUUUAUUUCUUCAUUAUUUUGUUCCAGAACAGAUUUUAAUUCAGCUUUAGUCUACAGGAACUACUUAGAUAAUAACAUCUGAUUUUUUGUUUACAUGUUUCGUCCUUAUUAUGAGUGUUUCUGUAAACAGAUUCUCACUUGAGUUUUUGUGUUUAUAUAUUUUUGAUGAAAAUGUUUCGUCUACCAUUGGGACUUUAUGGUUCUUCAAAAACCAAACUUUACUGGUAACGUGAAAAAUAUGAGAAAUAAAUUUUUGAUUUUAAACGAAA